AUGAGCCAACAACCAGUCGAUUCAGCUUCUCAGCCUACUUACGGAACAACUCCAUCUGAUGAUCCAUCUGCAAAAUUAAUUCAACAACAGCCAAAUGAGGAUAAGCCAAGCAUUAACUGGGCACCAUCUCCAGACAGUGCUGUAGAAUGUCCACCUGGAUUGGAAUAUCUCGCUCAAAUUGAUACUUUACUGAUUCGAGAAGACGUCGGAGUCUUUCAGUUAAUGACCGAUAUCGAGACGGCUAAUACCUACGUCGUUAGAAAUAAACAAGGACAGCAAAUAUACUACGUCAGCGAAGAAAUCAAUUGUUGUGAUUUGCAAUGUUGCGGUGAGGGACGCCCUUUCGAAAUGAGAAUAUUCGAUAACACUAAAAAGGAAGUUAUUCACCUUUCAAGACCACUACGAUGCAAUUCUUGCUGCUGCUGGUGUUGUUGUUUACAAGAACUAACAGUAGAAGCACCUCCCGGCAAUCGAAUUGGCAAAGUAAACAUGGAUUGGUCGCCAUGCUGGCCUUCCUUUACAGUCACCGAUGAAAAUGACGAAACUACUUUUACCUUGAAAGGACCAUGCAUCACUUGUUCAUGCGGCAAUGAUGUUGAAUUUGACGUGCAUGAUACAAAUGAUGAAAAAGUUGGUAGAAUUGCUAAAGAAUGGGCGGGCUUAUUAAAGGAAGCUUUAACCGAUGCGGAUAACUUUGCUAUAACAUUUCCAGAAAGUACUGAAGUCAAGAAUAAGGCGGUCUUACUAGGAGCGAUCUUUUUAAUUGACUUUAUCUACUUUGGAAAGCGCGGACGCGACGAUAAUUAA